UUGUUUUUCGCAUACAAGUCGUACGUACAGUUUCUGAAAAUUUUUCGAAAAUUUUUGUAGCUCAAAAUUUUUGGUAAUGGCAGCCAGAAGUGGUAAAUGGCAAUUCAGCUUUCCGAAAUGCCCGCACCGCAAUCCCAUCCGGCGUGCGGAAAAUGCGCCCGCGCGGCCAACUCCCAGCGAUGAUGGCGACGACUUAAAUCCGGAUCGUAGCGCCAAAUACGCCAACAUUUGCUGGCAUAUCAGCUUGAUCAUAUUGAUCAGCACAAUGAUACUGGCGCUGGUAUGGACAGUAUAUUUAAGCGUUGACUAUUACUCGUGCUCGCCGGAACAGCGCUUCGCCAGGUUGCGUCAGGACUUUCUGAUGCGGGAGCGGCGGCGUCGCGUGGGCGGCAAAGUGAAGCUGAACCCGCUUGAAGAAGUUGCCAAUGAGCGUCUACUGGCCAUUAAGCAGGUGGACGAAGAACUGCAUCACAUCUGGAGCGAUUAUCAACCUCGGCCGCAUUUUCUAGCCAAGUACAAAUUCAAUGAGACAGAUCUCUAUAGUGUGCUGCGCAGCAUGCCCAAGGGCGGGCUGCUGCACGUGCACGACGCGGGCAUGUUCAAGACGGAUCUGCUCAUUGAGCUAACCAACUACUCUGAUUUGUGGACCUGUGUGGGUGUCGAUGGUACCUUUGAGGACUUUCGUUUCUCGCAAACGUAUCCGAAAAUCAAGCCGCAGGGUAACUACAAAUGCACCUGGAUGCAAAUGAGCACCAUCCGAAUGGAGUACGAUCGUUCAUACAUCCAGAGGCUACGCCAAAGUCUGUCCAUUGAUGCUCAUGGCUUCAUGAACGCCACCCAUUUGGCCAAUCACAUGAGGCGGGCGCACCGUCUCAUCCACGGCUUGAUCACAUAUCGGCCCAUAUGGCCCACCUUCUUGAUUGGUAUGCUCGAGGAUUUCUAUGCCGAUGGCGUCAGUUAUGUCGAGCUACGCUCCUCGCUGCCAAUUAUGUAUGAUUUGAUUGGCACUAACUAUACCAUUUGGGAUACGGCCUAUUCUCUUGUUACCGCUACGAACAUAUUCCGAUCCACUCACGAUGAUUUUAUUGGCAUCAAGCUCAUCUAUGCCCCAGUGCGGGAUUACAAUGACAGCACUAUGGACACCUAUAUAGAAAAUGCCCGUCUUCUAAAGGCCAAGUUCCCCAGCUUUUUCGUUGGCUUCGAUCUGAUCAGCUUUGGAGAUGAGUGCAAUAUGGAGCCGCUUGGAAAUUCAAUGCAGCUCUUGCAUAUCAGUUCGGAAAUCGAUUUUUAUUUCCAUGCGGGAGAAUCGCGUUGUUUGAAUUCCACAAUACUUGCGCCAGAUACAAAUAUCAUUGAUGCAUUGCUGCUGGGCAGCAAGCGACUGGGCAACUCAUUGAAUUUGCCUUUGCAUCCGGAAAUGUUGAAGGCCAUCAGGAUGCUGAAGGUGGCCGCCGAGGUGUGUCCACUGUCCAAUUAUUAUCUGCAGUAUGUGAACGAUUUUAGUCGACAUCCGGCGGCGUAUCUGAUUGCUGCUGGCUAUCCCAUCGUUGUUGGCUCGGACUAUCCAUAUUUCUGGAAUGCGGCACCGCUCACCGAUGAUUUCUAUGUGGCAUUUGUUGGCAUUGCUAAUGGACAGGGCAAUCUGCGUCUGCUCAAGCAGCUGGCCAUGAACUCGUUUAUGUACAGCGCCCUAACCGGGGAUGAGAAACAAAAGGCUUUGUCCAUUUGGCAUAACAAUUGGGAUCAAUGGGUGGCGAACUUUAUCAGCCACAGUUAAGGGGAUUUAUAUUUAUAAUUUGGCGUGCUCUACAAAUUUUGAUAAAUUGAUUGUUGAAGAUAUUAUAGAAAUCUACA